AUGGGUUCCUCAGCCGACUUCGAUACCGCUACCAAACUUUUCCUAAACUGGUUCAACUCACACCCAGGCACGACUUUUCAUCCAUCUCUAGAAAUUGUCGACCUCAGAGAACGUGGAGCAGGCCGAGGCAUAAUAGCUAAGGCUGACAUUCCUCCAGACACAGAUCUCUUCACCAUACCUAGAAGCUGUAUCAUCAGUAAGGACACCUCAGAGCUUGCCAGGAAACUUCCUGAACUAUUUGAUGUGCAGAAGGACGCGAGUCAGCUGGAUAACAGCAACAGCGCAGACGGCGAGGAUUCAGAUGAGCUUGGUUCCGAAUUACCAACCUCCUGGUUAAACCUCAUCCUUACUCUUCUCUACGAGUCUUUCCACCAGAGGACCUCGAAAUGGUCGUCGUACUUCGACGUGCUGCCACGAGAGCCAUCUUCUUUCGACACGCUCAUGUUCUGGAGAGAAGAGGAACUAAGCCAACUGCAAGCGUCCGCAAUGCGAUCGAAGAUAGGCAAGGACUCCGCAAAUCGAAUGUUCCAGGAGCGAAUGAUACCGUUCGUCAAUAAGCAUACCGAUAUAUUCUACCCAGCCAACACUACUCACCUAACUGACGACGAACUACUAGAAAAAUGUCACGUUAUCGGCUCGUUAAUCAUGUCCUAUGCCUUCGACCUUCAACCAGACGAUGACGACGAAGACAACCAAGAGAACGAGGAUGGAUGGAUAGAAGACCGAUCUAAACCCUCGACAAUGGGCAUGGUACCCAUGGCCGAUAUGCUCAACGCCGAUGCAGAAUUCAACGCUCACUUAUCCCACGGCGAGGAAAAUCUAACCAUGACCUCGAUACGAGAGAUAAAAGCUGGUGAAGAGGUCUUAAACUACUACGGACCACUCCCCAAUGGAGAACUAUUACGACGCUACGGCUACACGAGCCCAAAACACACUAGGUACGAUGUCGUCGAGAUCAGCUGGGAUCAAGUCAAAACUGUAAUUAGCGAGACACUGCACAUACCUAACGACCCGGCAGCAACAGCAGCAGACACCCUCAACAAAACCAUAUCACAACUCACGGAAACCGAAGACUACGAAACACUCGACCUCGAAAACGGCUUUCUCCUAGACCGCGAAGCAGGCGACCCAGACGAAUACGGCCUUUGCACCACCGAAGCCAGAUUCACCGCCUUUCCAGAAGAACUCGUCAGCAUAAUUAGCGAGCUCGUCACAAGACUAGAAAGUGGCGAGAUGAGGAAGAAGAGGCUGACGGGGGAGGAAGAUAAGAAGCGGUUUGUUAAGAAUAGGACUUUGACUGUGUUAGAGGCGAUUGUAAGGAAGCGCAUGGCGGAAUAUGAGACUAGUGUGGACGUGGAUGACGGGCUGUUGUUGAGGGAGGCGAGUGACGGUGGUGUUGGGCGGAGGCUUAGGAUGGCGUUGAAUGUAAGGGUAGGUGAGAAGAGAUUGCUUCGAGAGGCUUUGGAUUGGACGGAGGCGAUGCUGGAGAAAUAUAAAGAGGCUCAGCAGCAGGGUAGCGCUGCUCAAGUGAAUGGACAGCCGCCGAGGAAGAAGCAGAGGAAAGAUAAUAGGUGA